AUGGGCUCCCUGAUGGGCAACCCGGCCGUGAUGGUGACCCUGCUGCCCAGCCUGCCCGAGGCUGUACCAGGCCAGAGCUCGGCAGGGGAGUUCAUCUUCCUGCUGGACCGCUCCGGCAGCGUGGGGUGCCCCAUGGUCGGCCGAGACCGCUCCCGCCAGCGCAUCGACAGCGCCAAGGAGACCCUGGUCCUGCUGUUGAAGAGUUUGCCCCUGGGCUGUUAUUUCAACAUCUACGGCUUUGGGUCUCGGUUCGAGUCCUUCUACCCGCAGAGCGUGGGAUACACCCAACAGACCAUGGCCGAGUCCCUGCAGCGUGUCCAGCAGCUCCAGGCUGACCUGGGGGGCACCGAGAUCUUGGCGCCGCUACGAGCCAUUUACAGCAGCCCCUGCCGAGACGGGCACCCACGCCAGCUGUUUGUGUUCACGGACGGGGAGGUGGGGAACACCCAGGACGUCAUCGCUGAGGUGCAGCGUCACCGGGGGGCCCACAGGUAACAGGGUUGCUUCUCCUUCGGCAUCGGGGAAGGGGCCUCCAUGGCUCUGGUCAAAGGCAUCGCCCGGGCAGCAGGGGGCAGCGCCGAGUUCAUAACAAGCCAGGACCGAAUGCAGCCCAAGGCACUGCAGUCUCUGAAGCGGGCCCUGCAGCCGGCCGUGACUGGGAUCUCGCUGCGCUGGGAUCUGCCACCCGGGAUGGAGGCGGCGCUGCUGGGCCGGGGCCCUGAGGUGAUCUUCCCUGGGCAGCGGUGCCUCAUCUACGCCCAGCUCCGCGGGCAGCCCCAGGCCGCCCUGGACCCUGCAUCCCCCUGA